AUGAUCUCUGUCGGUUAUGACAACAUUCAAGGAUUUACGGAUUUGCGAAAAUCGAAUCUCGACCCGAAGAGGUACAACAUGUACCCACAAAAGGAACGAUUAUGUGAAGUAAAGUAUCCUUUCGUAAAGGUUUCAAGGUGGAAAUUUCUCAGAAACACGAGCGGAAAGCAAAGACGUUUUAUGGGCGAUAAAGGCAUUGCGAAGAGGGGAAUAGACCGAUCCAUGUUCUUAUGCUCAAGGGAUGUUUAA